AUGACGUUAUUAAAUCCACAGCCUCUGUAUAGACUCGGUGACGUCAUAAAAGUGGAGAUCAACACUUAUAAUCAUUACGGCGAGAAGCAAACAGUUGGCGGCGAUUUCUUUAGAUUAUGGAUGGAAAACACAGAGGACAAAGUUGCAGUUGCUGGAGACGUCUUCGACAACAACAACGGCAGCUACACGGGUUUUCUCAGAGUCCAGUGGUCAGGCAUGGGAAGGAUUCGCUGCUUUCUUGAGCGUCGUAGGGAGGAACUAGCGAUGUUCUAUUCCAUAAUGGCUGAACAUGGAACGUUGUGGCAGCUGAAACGGGAGUUCGGGUGGGGCUUCUUGGUGAAAGAGAGUACGAGCUGCAGCAUGUUACGGAACCACCUAAGAGACAUCUGCAACUUUACUUCUCUAAAUGACGGUUUCCCGUGGUACUGUGAAAAGCCAAAGAAUUCACUCUUUAGCUGCGACACCUACAGUAAGUCCUGGUCCCUGAAUGUUGCAUAUCUCCCGAAGGAAAAUCAGCAGCGUGACAUAUACUAUUUGUAA